AUGGGGGCACCGGCGGCCGUGGGGGGCCCGGCGCUCGGUGCGCUGCUGGCGUUGCUCCUGCUGGGCGCCGCCGCUGCGGCUCGUCCGGGGUUGCACGUCAUCGACCUGCUGAUGGCGAGCGAAGCGCGGCAGAUGUCCAGCGUCACACACAAGAUCCGCAUGGAACUUCUGACCGUGAACGACGUUUACCUCCUCUCCACCUUCCGCCUACCCCCUAAGCAGGGGGGGACCCUCUUCGGCCUCUACUCUAAGAAGGACAACACGAGGUGGCUGGAGGUCUCCGUAGUGGGGAAAAUCAACAAAGUCCUGGUGCGUUACCUGCGGGAGGACAACAAGCUGCACUCGGUCAACCUGCAGCAUGCCCAGGUGGCAGAUGGGCAGAGCCACAGCAUCAUCGUGCGCCUGAGUGGGCUGCGUGGGGACAUGCUGAGCAUGGAGCUCUAUGUGGACUGCAAGCAGAUGGACUCCAGCGUGGGGCUGCCUGAGUUGUCAGAGAUCCCCCUGGCAGAGGUGGAGUCCUUAGAGCUGCGCACGGGGCAGAAAGCUUACCAGAGGAUGCAGGGAUUUGUGGAGUCCAUGAAGCUGAUCCUGGGAGGGUCCAUGAGCCGUGUCGGUGCCCUGAGCGAGUGCCCUUUCCAGGGAGAUGAGUCCAUUCACAGCGCAGUGACAAGCGCGCUGGCCUCCAUCCUGGGCGAGCAGACCAAGGCCCUGGUCACACAACUGACCCUCUUCAAUCGAGUGCUGACUGAGCUGCGAGAAGACAUCAGGGACCAGGUGAAGGAGAUGUCUCUGAUCCGCAACACCAUCAUGGAGUGCCAGGUCUGCGGCUUCCAUGAGCACCGGUCCCGCUGCAACCCCAACCCCUGCUUCAGUGGCGUGGACUGCAUGGAGACAUAUGAGUACCCUGGGUACCGCUGCGGGCCCUGCCCGCCGGGGCUGGAGGGCAACGGCACACACUGCGCUGACAUCGAUGAGUGUGCUCAUGCCAACCCCUGCUUCCCUGGCUCCAAGUGCAUCAACACAGCCCCUGGCUUCCGAUGUGAGCCCUGUCCCCGUGGCUUCCGGGGCAACACCGUCUCUGGUGUGGGGAUUGACUAUGCCAGGGCCAGCAAGCAGGUUUGCACAGAUAUUGACGAAUGCAACGAUGGCAACAAUGGAGGCUGUGACCCCAACUCCAUCUGCACCAACACGCUGGGCUCCUACAAGUGUGGUCCCUGCAAGUCAGGCUUUGUGGGGAACCAAACGUCCGGAUGCAUCCUGCAGAGGUCCUGCAGCACCCCCACCUCCAACCCCUGCGACGUCAACGGCUUCUGCGUGUUUGAGCGGCACGGGGAAAUCUCCUGCGCGUGCAAUGUGGGCUGGGCUGGCAACGGCAAUGUGUGUGGGCAAGACACAGACCUCGACGGCUACCCCGACGAGCCCCUGCCCUGCAUCGACAACAACAAGCACUGCAAGCAGGACAACUGCCGCCUGACCCCGAACUCAGGGCAGGAGGAUGCUGACAACGAUGGCAUUGGGGACCAGUGCGAUGAUGAUGCCGAUGGUGAUGGCAUCAAGAACGUGGAGGACAACUGCCGCCUCUUCCCCAACAAGGACCAGCAGAACUCAGACACUGACUCCUUUGGGGACGCCUGUGACAACUGUCCCAACGUCCCUAACAACGACCAGCGGGACACAGACAGCAACGGCGAGGGAGACGCUUGUGACAAUGACAUCGAUGGGGAUGGGAUUCCCAACAUGCUGGAUAACUGCCCCAAGGUGCCCAACCCUCUGCAGACUGACAGGGAUGAGGAUGGGGUUGGGGAUGCCUGUGACAGUUGCCCUGAAAUGAGCAACCCCACUCAGACAGAUAUGGACAGUGACCUGGUAGGAGAUAUCUGUGACACCAACGAGGACAGCGAUGGGGAUGGGCACCAGGACACCAAGGACAACUGUGCUGAGAUCCCCAACAGCUCCCAGCUGGACUCAGACAACGAUGGGCUGGGAGAUGAGUGUGACAACGACGAUGACAACGAUGGCAUCCCUGACUACAUGGCGCCUGGCCCAGACAACUGCCGCCUCAUCCCCAACCCCAACCAGAAGGACUCAGAUGGGAACGGUGUGGGGGAUGUGUGUGAGGAGGACUUUGACAACGACACCGUGGUGGACCAGCUGGAUGUGUGCCCCGAGAGCGCCGAGGUGACCCUGACCGACUUCCGUGCCUACCAGACAGUCAUCCUCGACCCCGAGGGGGAUGCCCAGAUUGAUCCCAACUGGGUUGUCCUCAACCAGGGCAUGGAAAUUGUGCAGACCAUGAACAGUGACCCAGGCUUGGCUGUUGGCUACACAGCUUUCAACGGGGUGGACUUCGAGGGCACCUUCCACGUCAACACUGUCACCGAUGAUGACUACGCUGGCUUCAUCUUCAGCUACCAGGACAGUGCCAGCUUCUAUGUGGUGAUGUGGAAGCAAACAGAGCAGACCUACUGGCAGGCCACCCCCUUCCGUGCUGUGGCUGAGCCGGGGCUGCAACUCAAGGCAGUGAAGUCCUCCACGGGCCCUGGGGAGCACCUGCGCAAUGCUCUGUGGCACACAGGGCACACACCCGACCAUGUCCGCCUGCUCUGGAAGGACCCUCGCAACGUGGGCUGGAGGGACAAAAUGUCCUACCGCUGGCAGCUGACACACAGGCCCCAAGUGGGCUACAUCAGGGUGCGGCUGUACGAGGGUCCGCAGCUGGUGGCUGACUCCGGGGUGAUCAUCGACACCACCAUGCGCGGGGGGCGGCUGGGGGUCUUCUGCUUCUCCCAGGAGAACAUCAUCUGGUCCAACCUGCAGUACCGCUGCAACGACACGAUCCCCGCCGACUUCGAGCCCUUCCGCCGGUUCCUGCUGGAGGGACGCGAGUGA